AUGUUGCCAUUCAAAGGAACUUAUAUAUUACCUUAUUUGAAACAUAAUUUUGUGCAUAGCAAAUGUCCGAUUUGUUUGGAAGAUUUUAAGGAGAGAUCUUUUUUGUGCCAAACAAGAUGCGAUCACGUCUUUCAUAUCGAAUGCGCCAAUACAUGGUUCAAGAACAAAUAUAAAUGUCCGUGUUGUCGGAGAGACAUAGCUCACAACAUGAAGUCAAAUUAUUCCUAUCAGUCAAACAUCGCACAAAAUGGAACUGUUGAAUUGAAGAUUGAGCUGGAAACCAAUUAUGAUAUAGUACAAACAGAAUGA